AUGGAUUUAAUACUUGAAAAGAAGACGACCUUAAUUGAGAUCCUGUCUGCUGAUACAGGCUUUGUUCUCCAUCAUGUGCAAGAGAAAAAACUCAUCACUGAUCAUGACUACAGGGAGCUUAAAAUCCUACCUCAGAACACUGAUCAGAUGUCUGGCGAAUUAUUGGAUAAACUGAGACACAAAGGGGACGACAUCUGUGAGAAAUUCAUUGAGCUGCUGAAAGAGGAGAUCAUUUUGCAACAAUACCCCAGGCUAAGAGGGCAUUUCUCACUUCAGUCUACAGACUUUGGACCAGUCUUGUCCACUCAUUUAGCAGCAGAAGCAGUCACAGACACAGCUGUACCAAACUAUAAACAGUUUGAAAUCAGCCUGAAAUCCCAUCUGAGACAAAGAUAUGAGCGCAUUUUGAUUGGAACAUCACAAAGAGGUCAUAAAAAGUUCCUGAAUGAUAUCUAUACUGAUCUCUACAUAGUGGAGGAUGAGACUGGAGGAGUCAUUCAUGAACAUGAGAUUAUGCAGGCUGAGGCAUCAACUAGGAGAUUUAUUACAGAGCAAACUCCAAUCACAUGCAGUGAUGUUUUCAAAGUCCCAUCUGAUCUAAGUCGAAGAAACAGAAAAGUGCUGACUAUGGGAAUUGCUGGAGUAGGAAAAACUGUCUCAGUGAACAAAUUCAUACUGGACUGGGCAGAGGGGAAGACCAACCAGGAAAUAGAUUUUAUUUUUCCACUUUCCUUUCGAGAGCUGAAUUCAGUGAACGAUCAAAAAUACAGCCUGAUAGAGUUUCUUCAUGAAUAUUUUGAAGAUUCUGCUGAACUGAAGUCUUUUCCAGAUGGUGAUGGUAAAGUCAUGUUCAUUUUUGAUGGACUUGAUGAGUGUCACUUUCCUCUUGACUUUACUGAGAAAGAGAAAGUGAAAAAGAUUGAUCAGAAAACAUCAGUGGGUGGACUAAUAACAAACCUACUCAAGGCAAAUCUGCUUCCCUCUGCUCUCAUCUGGAUAACCUCCAGGCCAGCAGCAGCCCAUCUGAUCCCUCGAGACUACAUUGACCAGGUGACUGAAGUACGAGGAUUCAGUGAUGAACAAAAGGAAGACUACUUUAGAAAGUACAAUGACAAUAAUCCAAAAAUGGCCAAAAAAAUGAUCACAAACAUAAAGAAAUCAAAGACCCUCCACAUCAUGUGUCACAUACCAGUCUUCUGUUGGAUAUCAGCCACUGUGCUUCAGCCAAUGCUAGCCAAAGAUACAAGCAAAGAAUUUCCCACAACACUGACUGGGGUGUACAUACAGUUUUUGAUUUUCCAAAAAAUCCAAAUGAAAGACAAAUACAAUUCUGAACACGUUAUACUGAAGCUUGGAAAGUUGGCCUUCCUCCAGCUGGAGAGGGGUAAUCUGAUAUUCUACGAGAAAGACCUGGGAGAGUGUGGCAUUGAUGUUAUUGAGGCUUCAGUGUACUCAGGAGUUUGCACACAGAUAUUCAGUCGGGAGCAGAGAGCCUCUGAGAUGAUGGUCUUCAGCUUUGUACAUCCAAGUGUUCAAGAAUUCCUUGCAGCUGUCUAUGUGUUUCAUUCCUUCUGUAACAAUAAAGAGAACCCACUUCAACCAAGAACUGUCUGGAACAGUAAGAAUUUGUUACCAGAAACCACAACUGACCUCCACAGAUGUGCUAUAGACAAGGCCUUAGAGAGUGAGAAUAGACACCUGGACCUUUUCCUCCGCUUCCUUCUUGGCCUCUCGCUGGACUCCAAUCAGAAAUUACUUCAAGAACAACUGUUGCAAAUAAAGAUCAAAACAGAGAGUGUGCAGGAAACAAUCAAAUACAUCAAAAAGGAGCUCAACAAAUGCAGUUCAUUUGGGAGGAGCAUAAAUUUUCUCCACUGUCUGCUUGAACUGAAGGAUGACUCACUUGUGGAUGAAGUUCAAGAAUACAUAGACUCAGGGCGUCUCUCUGUAGAUACACUCUUACCUGCACAGUGGUCAACUCUGGUAUUUCUGCUGCAGAUGUCAAUGGAGACUGAAAAACAAUUUGAACUGAGGUUUUACAGAAGAUCAGAUGAAGGGCUAAAGAAGUUGCUACCAGUGAUUAAAAACACCAAACGUGCCCUAUUAGCUGAUUGUGAACUAAGUGAACAGUCCUGUGAAGCUGUAGCCUCAGUUCUACAGUCAGUAAACUGUCCCCUGAGAGAACUGGACCUGAGUAACAAUGACCUUCAGGAUUCAGGAGUGAAGAUGCUCUGUGCUGGACUGAAGAAUCCACACUGUAAACUGGAGACACUGAGACUUGCUGGUUGUAAACUCACUGAACAGUCCUGUGAAGCUGUAGCCUCAGUUCUACAGUCAGUAAACUGUCCCCUGAGAGAACUGGACCUGAGUAACAAUGACCUUCAGGAUUCAGGAGUGAAACUGCUGUCUGCUGGACUCAAGAAUCCAAACUGUAAACUGGAGACACUGAGGUUGUCUGGUUGUUUAGUGACAGAGGAAGGCUAUUCUUCUCUGGCUUCAGCUCUGAGUUCAAACCCCUCACACCUGAGAGAGCUGGAUCUGAGCUACAAUCACCCAGGAGACUCAGGAGUGAAACUGCUCUCUGACAGAAAGAAGGAUCCACACUGUAAACUGGACACACUCAAAGUGGAACCUGGUGGAGAAUUCUGGACGAAAGAGGGAAAAAGAAAACAUGCCCUCCAGCUUACACUGGAUCCUAACACAGCAAACCCAAACCUCGAUCCUUCUGCCGACAAAAAGAGAGUGACAUGGACAGUUGAGAAGCAGCCGCACCCUUACCACCCAGAUCGAUUUGAGAACGUAGACCAGGUUUUGUGUAGAGAAAGUCUGACUGGACGCUGUUACUGGGAGGCAGAGUGGACUGGGAGGUUGGAUAUAGCGAUGACAUAUAGAGGAAUUAGGAGGAAAGGAGAGAGUGAUGACUGUCAGCUUGGACACAAUGACAAGUCCUGGAGCCUGGAGUGCUCUGAAGACCUUUACACUGCCAGACAUAACGGUCAGGGUACUGACAUUACUCCGCCCUCAGAUUCACACAGAGUAGGAGUGUAUUUGGACUGGUUGACUGGAACACUAUCCUUCUACAGCGUCUCCUCUGACACACAGGAUCUUACACACUUACAUACAUUCGGUUCCACAUUCACUGAACCCCUCUAUGCAGGCUUUAGACUUUAUGACACAGACUGGGGCUCUCCUGACCCAUCAGUGUCUCUCACUUCAAUUCUGUGCUGA